AUGUCGACAACCCGAUACAUCGUACCGAUCCCCGAAUCAAUGCGUGUGCUGGAAACUCGCCGAGCACUCAAUGAAAUGGCAGAUCAAUACCCGUUAGGCACCGUGGACGCGAGGAACGGCGGCUGGUAUAUGCUCGAUCAUGAUGGCACCGUGCUGGCUGUUGCCUCUGAUUCCGUGUGUGCAGAGUUGGAUGCGUCCCAAGAGGAAGCAAUGCGGCUGUACGGCCUUCUCCCGGAGCUUGACAACGAGGUCAGCGGGGAUGUUGCACUCCAAAGCGGCGAGCAACCAGGCCCAGGACUGUCAAACAGCUGUUCUCACCCACGUUGUUUGGCAUCGUCCACAUGUCGGACACACAGUGAUUGCUACGUGUGCGAAUGGAGCCUUGGUGUUUGUAUUUGA